UGUUACUGUGUUUUUUUUUCUGUCUUAGAAAGUGUAACACAUUUAAAGGAUAUCCACAAUUUCUUUCAAAAAUAUGGAGGACAUGCAGUGAGGACAUGGAAGAGGAAAAUGCAACAUUGCUGACAGAGUUUGUUCUCACAGGAUUUUUACAUCAAACACAGUGGAAAAUACCCCUGUUCCUGGCAUUCUUGGUAAUAUAUCUCAUCACCAUCAUGGGGAAUCUUGGUCUGAUUGCUGUCAUCUGGAAAGACCCUCACCUUCAUAUCCCAAUGUACUUACUCCUUGGGAAUUUAGCUUUUGUGGAUGCUUUGUUGUCAUCCACAGUGACUCCGAAGAUGCUGAUCAACUUCUUAGCUAAGAGUAAGAUGAUAUCUCUCUCUCAAUGCAAGAUACAAUUUUUUUCCUUUGCAAUUGGUGUAACCACAGAAUGUUUUCUCUUGGCAACAAUGGCAUAUGAUCGCUAUGUAGCCAUAUGCAAACCUUUACUUUAUCCAGUCAUUAUGACCAACGGACUAUGCAUCUGGCUAUUAGUCUUGUCAUUUCUAGGUGGCCUUCUUCAUGCUUUAAUUCAUGAAGGUUUUUUAUACAGAUUAACCUUCUGUAGUUCCAACAUAAUACAACACUUUUACUGUGACAUUAUCCCAUUGUUAAAGAUUUCUUGUACUGAUUCCUCUAUUAACUUUCUAAUGGUUUUUAUUUUUGCAGGUUCAAUUCAAGUUUUCACCAUUGGGACUGUUCUUAUAUCUUACAUAUUUGUCCUCUAUACAAUCUUGAAAAAGAAGUCUGUCAAAGGUAUAAGAAAAGCCUUCUCCACCUGUGGAGCUCAUCUCUUAUCUGUAUCUUUAUACUAUGGGCCCCUCGCCUUCAUGUAUGUGGGCCCUGCAUCCCCACAGGCUGAUGACCAAGAUAUGAUGGAGUCUCUAUUUUACACUGUCAUAGUUCCUUUAUUAAAUCCCAUGAUCUACAGCCUGAGAAACAAACAAGUAAUAGCUUCAUUCACAAAAAUGUUCAAAAGAAAUAAUAUUUAGAUCUCUUACUCAUCUAUCUUUUCUAUUUACUAAAAUAAUCACAAAAUUGUGCAAAUUAGAGGUACCUAUGUUUUUGCCAGCAUUAAAAGAUUUUGCAAUUAUAACUGUUCUAGCGUUUUAAUGACCUAUGAUAUGAGCACCUAUUUAACUAAUUAAAAUAUUCCUAUGUUAUUCAAAAGCAUUUGAGAAAUUUUAAUCGUCUUCGUAAUAGAAUAAUGAUAGCAGAAGCAAAUAAAAAUAUUGUAGAGUAUGGUAUGUUAAUCACUGUGUCUUAUAAAUGCAUUAAAUGCAAAAUAGUCUAGUUUAUCUGAUAAGCACUUAAGUAUAAUAUUUUUGAUACUAACACAACUGUAUGACCCGAGACGUCUAUCACAUUUAUCUUCAUAGUGAAGGUUGAUUUGUGUUUAGAGGAAGACAGGUAGAUCCCAAGAAUUUUGCUAGCUUUCAAGAGGUCUUUCAUUCCACUUAAUUGCAAAAGAGUGAAUUUCACUUCUUGUAGGAAGUCAACUCAUACAUCAAAUAAAGAAGCAGAAAUGGAAAUGCAAUGAGGACAAAAUGAGAAGUGUUUAACAGUGAAGGCACUGCCAAUGUGCAAGAGGGCAAGAGGAUGCUGUUAACUCUCUGCGCUUGUAUGAGCAAGAACCACGCAGCCUCUAACUUCCUAAGAUGGCUUCUAAGGCACUUUCCAGCUGUGACUGUGUUUUCAGAGAAUCUGAAAAGCUUCCCUAAAUCAGAAAAUUAAAUGAAUAAAUAGAACUUAGUUUAAAGUGGGGAUAGAAAAGAUAAAUGGCAUAGUAGGAAGAAAAUGGUCUUAAUCUUCCCAGAAAAAAAGAUGAAACUACUAAGAUUUUAAAAACCAGUAAUGUUACAAGGUUAUUGGAAUGCGUUAUUGACAAUCAGGGGCUUUAAAUGCAUAUCAUCGAAGUUCAAAUUAUCUUAAGAUGAUAUGACAUCAUAGUGCCCAGUGAUUGGAGAGAAAAACAUGAAAAUGAGGAAGAGUUUGGUUAUUUUCUACUUCAAAAAGUCCUUGUUAGUCUUCUUCUCACUUCAUAUUCUUGAAGUAUGUGAGUCAUCCAUCUGCCAUUCCACUCUGCCCUUCAUCUUUCGACACUGAAAUUCCUUUCACUUUGUCACUGAUACCGAGACCCUUAUCCUAAGCAUUACUCACAUAUCGUUUUGCAAACCUCUAGUUAUUUCCUCCACCCUUCUAGCACUCAUUCAUUCCCCCAUUUUGAUGUCAGAUUGUUUUUUCAACUCUUUCAAUUUUCUUUUGUUGGAUCAUCAUUGCUACCUGAUUAUAUGUACAUGUGUUUUAGGUGUCAAUAUCUAUGUAUACAUACACUUAUGUAUACAUGAGAGGAGAGAAAGGCUUUUGUUGAUUUAAUGUGGAAGUACAUAAAAAAGAAAUUUUUUUGGCUAAAGUGGAGCAGUAGCAUUAUUUGGAUUAUUCCUGUAGAAAGUUCCUACUUAGAGGUGAGUUGAUGGUUUCUGAUUGGUUAAAGUAAACUUUUGUUAAGAACCUAUCAUCAGAGUGAACAGGCAACCUACAGAAUGGGAGAAAAUUUUUGCAAUCUGUCCAUCUGACAAAGGGCUAAUAUCCAGAAUCUACAAGGAGCUUAAACAAAUUUACAAGAGAAAAACAAACAACCCUAUCAAAAUGUGGGUGAAGAAUAUAAACAGACAGUUCUCAAAAGAAGACAUUUAUGCAACCAGCAAGCAUAUGAAAAACCUCGUCAUCACUGGUCAUUAGAGAAAUGCAAAUCAAAACCACAGUGAGAUACCAUCUCACGCCAGUUAGAAUGGCAAUCAUUAGAAAGUCAGGAAACAUUAGAUGCUGGAGAAAUAGGAAUGCAUUUACCCUGUUGGUGGGAGUGUAAUUAGUUCAACCAUUGUGGAAGACAGUGCGGUGAUUCUUUAUGAAUCUGGAGCCAGAAAUACUAUUUGACUCAGCAAUCCCAUUACUGAGUAUAUACCCAAAGCCUUAUAAAUCCUUCUAAUAUAAGGACACAUGCACAUGUAUGUUUACUGGAGCACUAUUCACAAUAGCAAACACUUGGAACCAACCCAAAGGCCCAUCAAUGAUAGACUGGAUAAAGAAAAUGUGGCAAAUAUACACCAUGGAAUACUAUGCAGCCAUAAAAAGGAAUGAGUUCAUGUCCUUUGCAGGGACGUGGAUGAAGCUGGAAACCAUUAUUCUCAGCAAACUAACACAGGAACAGAAAACCAAACACCGCAAGUUCUCACUCAUAAGUGUGGGUUGAACAACGGGAACACAUGGACACAGGGAGGGGAACAUCACACACCGGAGCCUGUCAGGGGGUGGAGGGGAAAGGUAGGGAGAGCAUUAGGACAAAUACCUAAUGCAUGUGGGACUUGAAACCUAGGUGACGGGUUGAUGGGUGUAGCAAAACACCAUGGCACAUGUGUACCUAUGUAACAACCUGCACAUGUAUCCCAGAACUUAAAGUAUAAACAAGAAAAAAGUUAACAUUUUCUUUACCAUUUACUAUGAGUUGGGGUUUCUGUGUGCUUAGGUAGAAACCCAUUUUGCUGGAGCCACCUCAGCCCAAUGUACUUCAGUUUAAUUAUUUUAACUAUUUUCUCCCUUUUGUUUCACUUCUCAGUUAUGGGCUAUUGACCAACACUCAGGCACAUGGAGCACUUUCUCACCACCAGAGCUUGUCUUUGUCUCAGCAUGGAACUCAUAAGUUACAAUUUCUACUCUCUUAAAGCAGUGUUUCUUUUUUAUUGGACGCUUUGUUUUUGCCAUGUGAAUCAUAUAGAGAAAAUCUGGCAACCGUGAUGGCUAUGAACUUGCAUUUCAGACUCUUGAGAAAAUACAGCAUACCAGCAAGAUUACAAUGAUGACCCCCAUGAGGAAAAUACCAAGGGACUGGGGACUACUCCAUAGUCAAAGCACCCAUGAACAAAAUCAACAGAAAUAAAACAAAUAAAAGUUAAUGGUUGUAGGCCAGACACGGUGGCUCACGCCUCUAAUCCCAGCACUUUGGGAGGCCGAGGAUGGUGGAUCGCUGGAGGUCAGGAGUUCCACACAAGCCUAGCCAACAUGGUGAAACCCCAUCUUUAUGAAAAAUACAAAAAAUUAGCUGGGCGUGGUGGCAGGUGCCUGUGAUCCCAGCUACUUAUGAGGCUGCGGCAGAAGAAUCACUUAAACCCGGGAGUGGGAGGUUGCAGUGAGCCGAGAAGGCACCACUGUAUACCAGCCUAGGGAACAGAGUGAGACACUGUCUCAGAAAAAGAAAAGAAAGUUAGUGGUUAUAGCAAUCUAUAAACUUAGUAUCUAAGCCCAGAGGGCAGUUAGUUGAGAAGAUUUUUAGAUUUUAAGCUCAAAGCAUCUUCUGAUGAUGGGACAAAAUGGCAGUUGCAAUCUGUUGAUUUUUCUGUUUUGCAGUCUGAAUGUCUCUGAUUAUGUUAUUGGAUGUUUUGAUGAACUUUUUAGCAGCCAGCUCAGUUGCAUGUAUGAAGAUUGUCCUCUGAAGUUUAUAUCAAGUUGUCCAGACCUAGCUUGCAGGGCCUCAGGAAAAGGGCAAUGUAUAGGUAGAUAAGAAAACUCAAAGAUAACAGACAGAACUUGAAUUUAGUAAUAAAUGCACUAUAAUUUUCUACUGAAAUAUAUUUUCGAAUAUUUGAAAAUAUUUGGCAGAUCAUCAGCUUCCCAGUGUAGCUUUUGUUUUGUAACUAGGUUAAUGAGUUGAAGGUGGAUCCCACUGAUGAAUAGGACAAGUAUUUUCUAUGCCUGAACUCAACAUGAAUUGACCAGAAUGUUUUACAAAUCAUACUUUUAAUUUUGCCUUAUAGUCAGAGAUUAAUUCCUCCUGUUUUGUUUAUAAGAUUACAUGUCAGACCAGUGGAUUUUUGAGGAAAUACUUUGUGAAUGGAUUCUAGAGGAUUAUUUGUUAUUUUCCCAACCCUUUUUAUUCCUUUUCUGGAAGAUCGAGGGGUUGGAUCUUUCCUAUCUACCUUAGGUACCUCACAUUUGGCUUCAGCUAUAGGAUUAACCAGGUUAAAGUAUCAUGUUACUAAAUUGAUAAAGAUCAGGGAGUCCUGGAUUAUAUUAUCCUGGAAGAAUUCUAAAUUCCACAGAAAAUGUCUGGCACUUUUGUUUGGGACAAGGAUAUUUUUCCCUAUUGCUCUGAGCCCAGAUUUUGACCAAGGUGUAAAGGUGGUUAAAGAAGGCAGGCCUGGUUCAUCUGAGGAAGUGACUUUAUUAGGCAUUUAUCUAGUUUCCUUUAUUUUAAUGCGUGAAAAUGUAACUGAGCAAAAGGCUUAGUAGAUGCAGAGUGACAAGAUAGAGUAUGAUAGAAUGAAAUAUAGUUGAAACCACCUUUGCAAAAAUGAUGACAGAAAAAUCUCACAUAGGAAUAUUAUGACAGUGAAUUUGAAAUAAGAAAAUCAGGCAGUGCUUCUAAUCUCCAAGCUGCCCUUCUUCAUUCCUGAGUGUAGGUCCAACUACCUCUGGGAGGAAUUUAUAGUUUGAUUUUGAAACAAAGAUGGUAACAGUCUCUCCUCAAAGCAAACUUCCUCUUAGCUUGGGGAUCUGACCACCUUUGUAAAACUCACAGAUUAUCACAAGAUUAGAAAUUAUGGCUCCUGAUCAUGCAACCGGAGGCCAUGGAAUUCUAACCUUCCUAAUUGCUCCUGAAGAUAAUAUUCCUAUUGUGAAAUCUAAGACUGGUGUUCAAGGUAUUUUGUAGAUCCUGAAUUCUGAUAAAUCAGCUGGCACCAUUCAGAAUGGUAAAAGGACUCCUCUAGUUUUGUGACCACCCCCCUGCUGCAGGAUCCACAAGAAGACAGUUUUAACCCCUAUGAUUUUAUCCCCAACCCAACCAAUCAGCUUUCCUCAUUCCUUAGACCGCUGCCCAACAAACCGUGUUUAAAAAACCCUACCCUCUGAAUUUUUGGAAAGGGUGAUCUGAGUAAUAAUAAAACUUGAAUCUCCCAUUUAGCCAGUUCUAUAUGCAUUAAACUCUCUAUUGUAAUUCCUCUGUCUUGGUAAUGAGCUCUAUCUAGGUGUCAGGCAAAAAGAUCUCAUUAGGUGGUUCCAUAGAGAGAGGGAGCAGUUGGAGUUAAGUCAGUCAAUGAUCCACACCUAGACUUUCUGGUAAUUAUAUAUAAACUAAUCCGAUAGAAUGAUAGAAUGCCAUUAUGAAGUUAUAGUGACAGCACCAACUAGGUGGCAAUGCAUUGCAAGAUUGUCUUUGCUUUUAUUUUUUCCUCCCCCUGAUGUUUGCCUAUUAACAUUUUUCAUCAGAUUUCAGUUCACCUGGAAGUUAGACAUAUGUCUGGAGUUUGAGCUGCAGUUUGAAGGAGGAGGACAAUUUUACAAGUUUACUUGGGGUUAGCUUCUGAAGGGAAUCUAGAUCUUUGGCCUUAUUAAAAUCAUGUUUUGACCAGCUCUGAUGAGACCAUAUUAAUCACAGCAUUCAAAGCAUCCUAUUUUAUGUAGAAACUGAAGUGUGCGUAAAAUCUCAGAAGUGUUAUGUGUUGUGGAUAAUAGUGGCAUAAAGUGUAAUUUCAAUUGUUAAAACCCAAACUGGGUACAGUGACUUAAUAUCUAUGUUUCUAAACUCUGCAAUACCCUGCAGGAUAAUCUGUAUUUCUCAUACACAUCUAAAUCCACAAUGCCCAGUUGAAGAUCUUCACUUUGUCCUACAGGAAAUCCUAAGAUGCUCUCAGGGGAAUUUCAGUUCUCUAACUUUUUCUCUCCUGGUGAAAACGGAGAUAUACAAUUGGUCAGCACUUUUGUUGAAAGCAAAUUUUUACAAAUAUUUUUCUAAGACUGGAAAUGAAGCCUCCAAAAUGCAUCAGUGCACAAAGAAUUGCUGCCUGUGUUAUUAUCAGAUAUGUUCUAUUAUGUAUUUUUCUCUGCUUUAGAAAGCCUAAUACUUUUAAAGGAUCUCCAUAAUUUCUUAUGAUAUUAGUAAGAGAGAAAUUAUUUUAUCAUAUCCAUUAUUAUUUUUAAAGAAAUUUUAAAAUGCUAUUUAAUAUAUAAUAAGUUCGUAUUUGGAUCACAGCAUGCUAAGAUUGCUGGGAACAAAUGGAACCAAGAAGAGUGAAGAAUCUUUGUAUCUCAUUAUUAUGGUUAAAAUCUUGACAAGCAAAAUACCUAUAAAAUAAGUUUUUAAUGAUAAUUCAUUAUCUUGUUAACCUGACUAUAAUGAUGUUAUAAGUUCUGGCUGAUUAGAAGCUUGAAUGUUUUAAAGCUGGGUUUAAAUCUUCAAUUCAUUGUGAUUGUUAUAUAGGAUACUUUUCUGAUGGUUAUGAU